AUGCUGCAGACCUUUUGGCGUUUUCUGUCUAGCUUCCUUCCCAGGGCCAUAUGCCAAGGUCCUGCAGAUGGAAAAGAGGAUGAGGCCAGAAACACCACCCCACUUCCAGGCCCCGGGGAGAAAGGGCCAAAGAUGUUGGGGAAGCCACAGGACAGAGGGACUGGUCCCACUGAAAGGAGACCAACUAUCCUACUGGUGGUUGGACCCGCAGAGCAUUUUCCAAAGAAAAUUGUGAAGGCUGGAGACAAGGACCUGGAUGGACAGCUGGAUUUUGAGGAGUUUGUUCAUUAUCUCCAAGAUCAUGAGAAGAAGCUGAGACUGGUCUUCAAGAGUUUGGAUAAGAAGAAUGACGGCCGUAUUGAUGCCCAGGAGAUUGUACAGUCUCUUCGGGACCUGGGAGUCAAGAUUUCUGAACAGCAGGCUGAGAAAAUACUGAAGAGCAUGGAUAAAAAUGGGACGAUGACAAUUGAUUGGAACGAGUGGCGAGACUAUCACCUGCUGCACCCAGUGGAGAACAUUCCUGAAAUCAUCCUGUACUGGAAGCACUCCACGAUCUUUGAUGUAGGAGAGAAUUUGACUGUCCCUGAUGAGUUCACCGUGGAAGAGAGGCAGACAGGGAUGUGGUGGAGACAUCUGGUUGCAGGUGGAGGUGCAGGUGCCGUGUCCAGAACCUGUACAGCUCCCUUGGACCGCUUGAAAGUGCUCAUGCAGGUUCAUGCCUCCCGCAGUAACAACAUGUGCAUCGUUGGUGGUUUUACUCAAAUGAUCCGAGAGGGUGGCCCAAGGUCACUGUGGCGAGGGAAUGGCAUCAAUGUGUUGAAGAUUGCACCGGAAUCUGCCAUUAAGUUCAUGGCCUAUGAGCAGAUCAAGCGGUUCAUUGGUACUGACCAAGAAAUGCUGAGGAUUCACGAGCGGCUGUUAGCUGGUUCUCUGGCUGGGGCCAUUGCACAGAGCAGCAUCUACCCAAUGGAGGUUCUGAAAACACGGAUGGCUCUAAGGAAGACAGGACAAUAUUCAGGCAUGCUGGAUUGUGCUAAAAACAUCCUUUCAAAGGAAGGAAUGGCUGCCUUCUACAAAGGCUACAUCCCCAACAUGCUGGGAAUCAUUCCGUACGCUGGUAUUGACCUGGCGGUCUAUGAGACACUAAAAAAUGCCUGGUUGCAACGCUAUGCUGUCAACAGUGCUGACCCUGGAGUCUUUGUUCUGCUGGCUUGUGGCACCAUCUCCAGUACCUGCGGACAACUUGCCAGUUACCCACUGGCUCUUGUGAGGACACGCAUGCAGGCCCAAGCUUCAGUGGAGGGUGCUCCGGAAGUGACAAUGCGGGGACUGUUUAAACACAUUCUGAAGACAGAGGGAGCGUUUGGCCUUUACCGGGGUCUGGCACCGAACUUUAUGAAGGUGAUUCCAGCUGUAAGCAUCAGCUACGUGGUUUAUGAAAACUUGAAGAUGACUCUGGGCGUGCAGUCACGGUGACCAGGAGAUGCCGAGGACUUUGGACUCUGAAAUCUUGGGGUGCAAUCCCAAGACAUACAGCCAUCUCUCAUUCUGUGAAUGUGUUGACACUAAGCUGACUAAGCAAAGCUGUGAAAUCUCAGAUAGUUUGUGAGUCGGGGGGAGGGGAGGAUCUGACGUCCUUUGCCAUCUUGCUACUCAGAGCUCCACAUAAACCAUCAUGUGGUCCUUUUUGUUGGACCUUUUGGGAGAACCAGGAGGUAAACUCCUGGGAGAAUCUUAAGGCGUGAGUUGUGGAGGUCAGUUCCCAGCCGUAUGGCAGAGUAGCAAAGAUUUGGGUAACAGGUCUGCUUUCAGCGUAUUGUGUGUGCAGAGCCGUUUGCCUGCAGAUGAGCACCUUCUGACUUGCUGGAAGAGCUUCUUUUUCCAUUCAGAGAGCUUCUUUUUCCAUUCAGUUAUUUAACUUCCUACCUGUUGUUUAAAUUUGUACAAACCUCGUGUAGGAGCUGCUGCCACACCAGGCUUGUUAUUAUGUUUACAUAUAUUCCUUUGGGUAGGAGACAUUCAUGUUCUGCUUCCAAGACUUUGACAUGAAAUGUAACUUUGAACUAUACUGGUUUUGAGGGCUGGUGGGCAGUUUAUCCAGUCAGGCUGAAGGUUACUUAGGCCAGCCUGAUGAAGAAUUAGGAUUAUUUAUUUUUUAUAGAUUGAAGUGUGUCUCUUAAAUCCACUAACAAGAUGCACUUACUAACAGAAGCAGCAGACUAGAGCCUGCAUGCCUGUAUCCUUUGCAUGCCGGGAUUGGCUUGUCUUAUACUCAGCAGGGGCUUGGAAAGGGGAAGGCUUGCCCUGGAUGGACUGGCACCUUGAUGCAUGGCUUUAGUGAGCAAAACCAAUAUUUCACAGCUCCUGUGCAGUUGUGCUCCCAGCACGACACGAGAGCCUCUGUGCAGUGUUGCAUGGACCUCUGAAUUCCAUUCUGCCUGGUGCCGAGGAUAGCUGGUGGACCUUUUCCAAACCCCGUGCCUCCGCUGCUAGCUAUCUCUUUAGACCUCUUUGUAGAUCAAUGUUCAGGUUUGCAUUAGCGGGAUGGAGUCCCCAAACCAGGAGUAUGUCUGCUGUGGGAAGGGGUGUUCGGGUGAGGGGCUGGUUGUCACUGGGAGAGGUGAGCUUUCAGCCCUGAAGAUGUGCUUGCUGUUCUUUCAAAGGGUGCUUUUCGUAAGGCUAAGGGAAAGAGGUGGCUUUAAAACUUCUCUGACUGCAUUAUGGGCUACUUCAGUUGAUGGGAUCUGGCUUCUGAGGCCUGGGAGAUCCUCAUCCAACUUUUCAUUUUGGGCAAAAUGGACCAGCGUUGCAUUCCACUGUUUUACUGCUUCAAGCAUAUUUAUUUUGUAUUUAUUUGAACAGAGUUAUGUCAGACUAUUUUUAUAGACUUGUUUAAAUAUUGUUACUGUGCUUGUAUUUCUCCUGUUUUAAAGAGUUCUCUAUUUGUU